AUUCCGGUCUCCUAUAAAACGACUGCUUCUACACUCAACGGUAUCGCUGCAUUCGAGAAUUCGACUCUGCAAAUCUGAACGUCUCGUCUACGCUGAAAACCUCAUAUCGAAACAUCAACCAUGAAGGUGGUAAUCUUCUCGCUCAUGCUUCUGGCUCUGCUCCAGCUGGCUACUUCUGACUGCGAAAGGGCUCGUACCAAAACAGGGGAGUGUGUGAAGAACCUGCCACUUUCUGCACCGUUCAGGGAUAUUAAUUUUGCGGCGGUAAGAACUCAAGCCGACAGGCAAAACGUCAUAUGCUGUGGCGUGAACUAUAUCGAGGGCUGCGUCAACAAGCACUUUGGUACAGAAUGCCCUAGGCUAGUUGCUGCAACCAAGGAGUUUGGUCGCGAUGUCUUCCUGCGAGCCACGGAGUCUGGUGUGACUUGCCCAGGUGCCUUGCCAACAAACUGCGAUUCGUUGCCGUCCCUCUUCAGCGUGUAAGCGAUGGACUUCACUUCCCGAUAUGUUGCAGAUUAAAUAAACACGCAAGGCAUU